CGUCAUUCUGGAAAUCGAGUAGCUAGUGUUGUUGCUGCCAUAUUAGUCUGGUUGUCAAACGUUGGUAUACUUUUGUAUUAACGUUAACGAAUGAUGGCGACUCAAUAAGAAUAUUAAAGGAGUUCUUGCUUUUAUGAUACGGCGACAUAAAAGGUUAAGGGAGAGCAUAGACCUAAUAUUGCUGUGGAUGGCACAAACUCUUGUGACCUGAAAGAAUGAGUCACAAAUGGGUUUCAAAUACCUGGGUGAAAGUAAGCAGAACAUUUCAUUCUUGGCAGACACAUGCCCACAAGUCAGCAGCAUCACUUCCCUUGUCUGAUACCUCUCACUGCAGGUUUCAUGUACAACAACCUUAUUGCUACAAGGUAAGCUAUCUCAGCUGGAGGCACAUCUACCACCUGAGGAUCACGGGGCGUAAGGGAUGGCUCUGUAAAGCUAACCAGGUUAGACAAAGGCUUGGACUCCACACCAGCACCCUGUAUUUGAACACUUCAGCGUCACGUUGGUCUGCUGGUCUGAGCCAACACAUGUCGCGGGUCAGGAACACACUGAACACAGUUUCUAAAGCUGUGAGUGGGACACAUACAGAACUUCUCUCUAAAAUCGCCAGACUCAAGCCUAAUGCUUUAAAAGGCGGGAAAAAGGCUGAGGCAAGUGUUGAGUUAGCGCCAAAAGCAGAGGAGAGUGCAGUCACGCCUACUCCUGCUCCCACUAAUGCUGCGCCUUCUUCUACAUCUACUACACCCAAACCUAUAUGUAUCUCAUCUUCUGUCAGUCCUAUUCCUACUUCUGCUGCUACAUGUGAAGCAAGUGCCACUACCUCCACUCAUCCUCACAAUUCUACCCAAGUGACUGUCACUGCCACAAUUCUGACUGUGCGCGAACUUAGGGAGAAAACCCUGAGGCGUGUUGUUCCCGCUGUCAAAGCCAGUUCUGCCAGGAAGCAAGAGGAGCUUAAACCUUCACUGAGUGAUACUGACAGCAAGAGCACAACUUUAACGCCACAAACUACAGCACUUUUCCAUCCCAGCACCUUUUCAGUCAGCCUGGAUGAGACUUACAACUACCUGGCCCAUCACAUCAACUCAUACUUUGGCAGCAGUACAAAGACUCAGGACAAGAAAGUGGACAAUGUUGACCAUUCUUCUGCUUCGUCUCAGGGUCAACAAACUAGUGACUUCAUGCCGGUGUCGGAUAAAACCAUCUCUGCUGCUCCAGUUACCACACCCUCUACCAAGAAGGGUUUAGGACAUUACCUGUCCUACUCCGCUCCCACUGUACAAGCCUUUGUAGGAAGCUACAUUGCUCCCCUGGUCCCAAAGUUUAGGACAGCAGAGUCCAAAAGUGCUACAGUGGAGGAAAAGAAGACUGAGGAUGCACCAGUCAAACAAAUUGAGCCCACAAUUAAUAAAGAGCAGAAGGCUGCAGAGGAAAAAGCCAAGAAACUACUGCUUCAAAGGGAGAAGAUCAUUGCCAGGGUGAGUGUGGACAAUCGAACUCGGGGUCUGGUUCAGGCUCUGCACAGAGCAUCAGAUGUAAGGGUUUACAUCAACAGGGUGGAGGACCUCAGCUACCAUCUCCUGGAGUUUCCAGAGACUAGUGGUGUUGCAGUCAAGGAGCAGGUUAUCCCUUGCCUGCUGCGUCUGAAACAGGCCAGUGACCCAGGCCUGAGGGCGGCCGUUAGAGAAGCCCUCGCUCUGGUGGGCUACCAUAAUCCUGUGAAAGGCCGUGGCAUACGGAUCCUGUCCAUAGAUGGAGGAGGGUUAAGGGGGCUUGUUGCACUUCAGACGUUACACAAGCUGGAAGCCCUGACCGGCAAACCCAUUUACAAACAGUUUGAUUAUAUUUGUGGUGUCAGCACAGGUGCUAUUUUAGGGUUCAUGCUAGGUGCGUUCCAAAUCCCACUGAACGAGUGUGAUGAUCUUUACCGGAAGUUGGGUUCAGAUGUCUUCAAGCAAAACUUCAUUGUUGGCACUGUGAAGAUGGGCUGGAGCCAUGCUUUCUAUGACAGUGAAGCCUGGGAGAAGAUCCUCAGAGAGAAAAUGGGCUCUCACCUUCUGGUGGAAACUUCAAGAAACCCUGAAUGCCCCAAGGUGGCAGCGGUGAGCACCAUUGUGAACCGGGGCACUCCUCUUAAGGCCUAUGUGUUCAGGAACUACAACCUGCUGCCAGGGGUGCGCUCUCACUACCUGGGGGGCUGCCAGCACCAGCUUUGGCAGGCCAUCCGUGCCACAUCAGCAGCCCCUGGGUAUUUCCAGGAGUUCACUUUGGGAAAUGAUCUGCACCAGGACGGGGGUCUGCUGAUUAACAACCCCACAGCACUGGCUAUCCAUGAGUGUAAGUGUUUGUGGCCCAACACGCCCCUGGAGUGUGUGGUCUCACUCGGCACGGGCCGCUUUGAAACUCCUGGCAAGAACAGCACCACCUACACGAGCCUCAAAACCAAACUCACCAAUGUCAUCAGCAGCGCCACAGACACUGAGGAGGUUCACGCCAUGCUUGACGCCUUUCUCCCUCCCGGCACUUAUUUCCGCUUCAACCCCUACAUGAGCGAAGAUAUCCCCAUCGAUGAGAACCGGUACGAGAAGCUCAACUUGCUGCAGGCUGAGGGCAUCCGUUAUCUGGAGAGAAACGAGGAGAAGCUGAAGAAGGUCGCCCGCAUCCUCACCCGAGAGAAAAGCUCCGUCCAGAGGAUGGCGGAUUGGGCCAGGCUCAGAGCUGACAUGUAUAACAUGUCCUUUAAGUCCUAUAAGCUCUAGAUCACACACAAGCCAUCUUUACCUCCCAUGGAAACACUUCCUUAAUUCUAAAUUGCCUAGGAUUGUGUGUCAUAGUUGUUUCCUUCUUGACCUGUAUUGUAGCUCUGGUUGUCAUUGUGGUUGUCAUUCAAAGAUGUGUCAAAUGACAUUUGGGUUUGGGAACUCCCUUAACAGGGAUUCACUGUCCACUUGCUAGCAAAUGCGGCUUGUAUACUUAAAAGAAAAGCAUUUUGGGAAAUAGGCUUAUUUGCUUUCUUGACAAAAGUUAGAUCAAAAGAUCAAUACCUUGUAAUUCUGUAUGGUAAAUAUGAAGAUAGUUAGCAGGUGGUUAGCUUAGAUAAGCAUAAAGACUGAAAACGGGGUAAUGGCUAGCCUAGCUCUGUUCAAAAGUAACAAAAUUCAGCUCCCUAGCUGUUUCCCAUUUCCAGACUUUGUGCUAAACUAAGCUAACCAGCUGCUGGCUCUAGCUACGUUUUACCACAGAUAUUAGAGUAAGGUGUCGAUGGUAUGGUAUGUCAUCUAACUGUCAAGAAAGCAAAUGGACAUAUUUCCUAAAAUGUCAAACUAUUCCUUUCAAAUCAGAAUACUGUAAAAUUCUACAGUAGCCAGUAACAGACAGAUUUACCAAGUGAGCACUUUUUAACCACUUGGUUUCCUUUUUAAAGAUUUGUUAUGACAACUAUAUAUCCUCACAAACCUGUGUUUGAGCUUUCAGAGAAAACAUGUAGAUGGGAUAUACGUGUUAUUGAAAUGCAGUAUUUGUUAAACUAAGCACUGUAAAACACCCUUGUCAUGUAAUGACAGAAGAAAAUCCUUUUUUUUUUUUUAUUUAAACAGUCUAAUCAAGGUCAAUUUAAACACUAAAUCAAGUGAAAUUUCUCAGAUAUAAUGACUAUAUUUUUACAAAGCAUCUACUGGUCAGCUGUUUAAUUGUAUACUGGUCAUAGUAACAUUGACACGAGGGCCCUUUUUAACCUUUUUUUUUUACAGUAUUGCAUGUGGUUUGUAAAUGCAUGUUAUAUUUAAAAGUAAAUAUCUAAUAAAACCCUGCAAAGAAGUUUGUUGCAAAGAUUUACCCCAAUAUUUAAUUCUAAAAUACCUAAAUUGAUAUAUAAUGAGUAAAUAUUAAUAAGAGAUCUACAAGUAUCCAAAGGAGGCUCGCUGUCGUAAGGAUGCACCUUUUAGUUAAUUUAGACCCUGAGUAUUGUUAAGUCUACUUGUUUCAAACCCUUUUAUUAUUGUGUGCUUGAUUGUUUGGUUUUAUAGAUUCCCCGCAGGCGAUGCACAUUUCUGCUCUGUCCUCAGUGUGCUCUCUUUCCCUUCAAUGCCUCUUCUCAAAAGCCUCUUUCACCCUUUCUACCUUGAAGUGCUGUGUGUUAGACCCCACUCUGCUAUACUAUAAGGUUUGUUAGAGACCUGCAGGUCAUAGCUGAGGGACUGAUUUUAAAAUGAAGAUUUAAAAAAAGAUUGCUGCUUAUUGAUUUGUCAUGGCUUAAAAUGGUUGUAAUGACAUGUACUGCUAACAGAUGCACUUCAUAUAUUCAUGCCAAAUCCAGGCCAAGUACUGUAAAACUGAUACAGCAAUGUGUCUGUUACUCCCAGCGGACCUGAGUCACAGUGGACACCGAUAUUACCCAGAUUAAUAUAUUUCCACUGUUCUGUUGAUCCUGUGUAAAGACUGAGUUGGUAUGUAAUUAAAACCCAUCACUGAA